AUGCUUGUCACCGUCGUGCCAGCAAGCACCAGAACGGGCAGGGCUGUAAUCCGCUCGCUGUUAGCCUCUCAGGAUCCCGGUGUUGAAAUCCAAGCUAUCUACCGAGACGCGGCAAGGGCACCGGCCGAAUUCACAUCACUGCCCAAUUUCACAGCCGUCGCAGGGGACAUUGCGGAUGAGUCGUCUCUCAAUUUCACGGGUUCAGAUGCCGUGGUUGCCAUUACACCCCCGGUUUUUGAUAGCGGUGACAUAGUGGCCAUCGCGAAGGAGCGUUCCGAAAAUGUGAAGGGUGCGAUUGAAAGGUCUGGAACAGUGAACAGGCUCGUCCUCUUGAGUAGCAUUGGCGCUCAAUAUAGCAGCGGCGUUGGCGAAAUCAAGACAAACAACAUUGCGGAACGGGUGCUUGCGACAACCGACAUCCCCGAAAUCAUAUUCAUCCGCUGCGCAUACUUUAUGGAGAAUUGGACCGUUGCGCUUGACACGCUCCGUGGUCCAGAACCAUUCUUCUAUUCCACCGUCACACCGCUGGAAUGGAAGAUUCCCAUGGUGGCUGUCGGAGAUGUCGGCGCCGUGAUUGCAUCUCAGGCAUUGAAGCAGGAAUCUUCGCCCAGGAGGCCGUAUGUCUUUGAGCUGCACGGCCCGAGAAUGUACAGCCCGCUGGACGUCCAGGUGGCGUUUUCGGAUGCCCUGGGGAGACAGGUGGCCAUCAAGCCCGUGGCAAGGGGAGACUUGCACGGGUUUUAUAAGCAGGUGUUUCCAGACGAUUUGGUUCCAGAGUGGGUGGAGAUGGCCACGAGCUUCCUGCCGGGGGGCGUGAUGAAGCCCGGUGAUGUGGAGGAGGGCACUGGGGUUGUGAAUGGAAAGACGGAGCUUGGAGACGCGAUAAAGGAUGCUGUCAGGUCGUUGCUCCAACAGACACGCAAAUGA